AUGCUGACCAGUGCAGCUUGCGCAGUACUGAAGCUGAUCCUAGGAGAGACCAAAGUAAACUCAAAGCCUGUCAACGCCACCUUGACGGACGAUAAUUGGUCACAAACAUGCUGGAAGUCGCCAAGCUGCGUUGUUUUGGCCGAGAGCAAGAAAGAUGUUUCUGUGGCUAUGAUGAUUAUCAAAUUUUUCAAGCUCAAGUUCGCUACGCGCAGCGGAGGACACUCACCGAACCCCGGAUGGUCGUCGAUCGGUGAAGACGGCAUUCUGAUCGAUCUCCAGAAAUUGAACGCGAUCAGUGUCAGUGACGACAAGAAAGUCGCUAGUAUAGGACCUGGCCAAAAGUGGGGAAAGGUUUACGAGGCCUUGGACUCGUAUGAACUAAGUGUGAUUGGAGGACGUAUUCCUCAAGUCGGCGUAGGCGGACUGAUACUUGGAGGUGGCUUCUUCCAUUUUUCUGGAAAAUAUGGCCUUGCAGCAGACAAUGUAAAGGACUUCGAGGUCGUCCUGGCUGACGGAUCUGUUGUGAAUGCCAAUGCCGAUUCCAACAGCGAUCUGUUCUGGGCUCUCAAAGGCGGAGGUCCCAACUUCGGCAUUGUUACCAAAUUCGACAUGUACACCGUUCCUGUACAUAAAAUAUGGUAUACGGUGUCUGUCUACAGCUCCGAUAAUGCUGUGGCUUGCAUCGACGCCUUUGCCAAGUGGCAGGAAACUGCAUCGUCCGACUCCAAAGCCACCGUAGCAAUGAUUAUUGGCCUCGAUUCUAUCACAUUAGGCUUUCUAUACGCGGAGCCUGAAGCGCCUCCAAACGUCUUCGCGGCCUUUGACAACCUGCCCGCCCCUCUCGCCGUUGCUGUUCCUCCUACGACUGGCACUGUGAACAUCCUUUCCCAGAUAUUAGCAUCUACCUCUUCCUCGGAACCUAUGCGUCACGAUUACCGGGGUAUUAGCUCCGACGUGGAUGCUCAACUGUACAAAGACGUCUACGCCAUUUGGAAAGAAAAGGCGACCGCCGUACAUGCUGAGACAGGCGCAAACAUGACAUUUGUGCUGCAACCUAUCACCGCAGGCUUAACUGCAGCUAGCAAUGCUGCCGGCGGAAAUCCCAUGGGCAUUCCUGAGAAGACGCACCAAUGGUGGACAACGCUAGUUGACUGGACUGCUGCCGCCGACAAUGCCGCAGUGCGCGCCGUGCCCAUUGCAGUCACUAAUACCAUGAAGCAGCUCAGUGAAGAGCGUGGCCUUGACAUACCUUUCAUCUUCACCAAUGACGCAUCGCGCGACCAGAACCCGAUUGCAUCGUAUGGUGUUGCCAAUGUUCAGAAGCUCAAGGAGGUCGCAGAAAAAUACGAUCCUGAAAGGGUUUUCCAGAACCAGCAGAGCGGGGGGUUUCUGCUCAAAGAUUUAUAA